AACAAUGACAAAACCACAAAGCAGAGGCCCUAAACCGCUCUGGUGUUUUGGCGGGUAAAAAGGCGGGAACCAGGAGGGGACAUCGAAAACCUAGAAAAGAUGGAGGAAGACGAAGGCUCGGCGGCGGCGACGGAGGCGGCGGCGGAGGCCGAGGACGAGUACCGAGUGUGGAAGAAGAACACACCUUUUCUCUACGACCUCGUCAUCUCCCACGCCCUCGAAUGGCCCUCUCUCACCGUCCAAUGGCUCCCAGCCCCCUCCUCUUCCUCCUCUUCUCAAGCCCCUAUCCACGGGCUACUUCUUGGAACCCACACCUCCGACGACGCUCCCAACUUCCUCAUGCUCUCCUCCGUCCGUUUCCCCCUCCGAUCUGCUCCGGCAACCGCUGAUUCCGCUCCGAUCCCCUCCAUUGAGAUCUACCAGUCCGUGCGGCACGACGGGGAGGUGAAUCGUGCCCGUUUCAUGCCGCAGAAGCCGGAUAUCGUGGCUACGAAGACAUGUGGCUCUGAUGUGCAUGUCUUUGAUUGUGGCCGGCGUCGCCUUGGAAGCCCCUCCGAUGGUGAGGAUUGUGCGCCGGAUGUCCUUCUGAGGGGGCAUUCGACUGAAGGUUAUGGGAUUUCUUGGAACCCUAUGAAGGAGGGUCGGUUGCUGAGUGGUUCUUAUGAUUCAAAGAUUUGCCUUUGGGAUGUUGGUGAGAUUUCCAGAGUAAAAUCUCUUGAUGCCUAUCAGGUUUUCGAGGCACAUAGUGCUGCCGUGGAAGAUGUUGCUUGGCAUUCAAGAAAUGAGAAUCUGUUUGGUUCUGUGGGGGAUGAUCAUAUGUUGAUGAUAUGGGACCUGCGAUCGUCUUCACCGGAGAAGCCUCAGCAUUCAGUUACUGCUCACCAGGAUGAGGUCAAUUCCUUGUCAUUCAGUCCAUUUAAUGAGUGGAUUCUUGCAACGGCAUCUGCAGAUUCAAACAUUAAUCUGUUUGAUUUACGGAAACUAACGACAGGCCUGCAUACCUUCUCUAGUCACACGGCGGCAGCAUUUCAAGUUGAGUGGAGCCCUAAUCAUGAAACUAUCCUGGCUUCUUGUGCAGAGGACAAAAGACUGAUGGUUUGGGACCUGUCCAGGAUUGGUGACGAGCAGACAGAAGAAGAUGCAGAAGAUGGGCCACCGGAGCUACUUUUUGCGCACGGUGGUCACACAGCCAAAAUCUCUGAGUUCUCAUGGCACCCUUCUGAACCCUGGGUCAUUGCUAGCGUUGCUGAGGAUAACAUUCUCCAAGUAUGGAAAAUGGCAGAGAGCAUAUACCGUGACGAUUAUUACAAUAUUCACAAUGAGGAGGACGAUGUUCAUGCUGUUGCUCUCUAGAGUCUAGACCAUUUCACUUCACCUUUACAGACAAAAGCUUUUAUUUUUAUUUUACUUUUAUGGCCAUUUGCAUGGUUGUGUGAUCCUUAAACAUUUUAAGACUGCUUUAAGGUUGAACUUAUAUA